CCGUCGUAUGUUUUUUUUUUAGGGGACUUUGAGGCUAAGGCAGUUAUUUUGCGGCUUAGUAAAAAUGAUGAGUGGAAAGACAGUUAUAGUGACCGGCGCAAACAGUGGGAUAGGAAAAGCCACAGCAGCCGGCAUUGUGAAGCUUCAGGGACGUGUAAUAAUGGCCUGCCGAGACAUGAGCAAGGCUGAGGAAGCAGCUCGGGACAUUCGACGAGGCACCGGUGCGGACGGUUCUCAGCUGGUUGUCAAACAGCUCGACCUCGCUUCGCUGACAUCUGUACGCGCAUUCUGUGAAGACAUAGUAAAGGAGGAGCCUCGGUUAGAUGUGUUGAUCAACAAUGCUGGUAUCUACCAAUGUCCUUACACCAGAACACAGGAUGGCUUUGAGAUGCAGUUUGGGGUCAACCAUCUGGGUCAUUUCCUGCUCACCCAUUUGCUGCUGGACCUUUUGAAACGAUCAGCUCCCAGCCGCAUAGUGGUGGUCUCCUCCAAACUCUAUAAACAUGGUUACAUAAAUUUCGAGGACCUAAACAGUGAGAAUUCCUAUGACAAAGCCUUUGCCUACAGUCGCAGCAAACUAGCCAACCUGCUGUUCACCUGCGAGCUUGCCCGUCGACUGGAGGGCAGUGGAGUGACAGUGAAUGCUCUAACUCCAGGCAUAGUGAAGACUAAUCUGGGGAGGCAUGUUCACAUCCCAGUGUUAGUUAGGCCCCUUUUUAACCUGUUGUCCCAGAGCUUGUUUAGGACCCCUGAAGAAGGUGCUCAGACAUCCAUCUAUUUGGCCUCUAGCCCAGAUGUAGACAGUGUGCAAGGAAAGUGCUUUGCAGACUGUCAGCCUCAGGUUCUUUUGGACAUGGCCACAGAUCAGGAACUGGCCAGUAAAUUGUGGGACAUUAGUGAAGUCAUGGUGGGGAUAAUCAAAUGAGAUCAUUUAGAAUGUAAAGACUUAAGAUAUCUUAAAAAUGUCUUUGACAGGUCUGUGAUCUUCCAUAGAAGGGCAAAUAAGUUUUAAUUUAAAGAAUUAGGACUUUUGUUUUGUGCAAAGUCCUGAGUGAUCAGGCCCGGUCAUAUCUUAAAGAUCUCAUAGUAAAGUAUUUCCCAGUAGACUUUGCACUUUGCUCUCAGUCUGCAGGCUUACAUGUGGUUCCUAGAAAGAGAGGCAGAGCUUUCAGCUAUCAGGCUCCAGUCUAUGGAACCAGCUCCCAAACAGACACCAUCUUUACUUUUAAGAUUAGGCUUCAAAUUUUCCUUUUUGAUAAAGCUUAUAGUUAGGGUUGAUUCAGGUGACCCUGGUAGAGGCUCAGGCUUCUGGAGAAUGUCUCACGAUGCAUUGAGUGUUUCUUCUCUACUCCCCUCUUUUUUCUCCAAAUGCAUGUAAAUGCAUCUGGAAUGAAAAGUGGGAUACUGUAUACUCUAUACUGCAUAUCAUUAACUUUUUUCUUCUCUGAUUGGAAUGAAUUGAUAUUGUUUUUGUAUUUUUUACCUUUAUUUAAAUAGGAAGUGAAACUGUUUUGCAAGUCCUGCCCUAGCAGGUUUUUCAGUGGCAGGAGAAAUGGGAGUGCCUGGAGAGAACUUGCACAAGCAUGGGGCGAGGUCUCACAGUGGUUUCACCUGAAACCCCUGAUAGUAAUGACCCACGUUCUUUUUCACACCUUGGCUCAUGCGAUGAUGCACAUGAACAAUAGUGGAUCAAUGGCCACCUUCAAAGGGACAACCCCCACCAGGGUUUAAAUACCUGGGACUCUCCAGCAUUUGUUUUUAGAACUAAAGAAGCCUCUUGGAUGAGACGUGAAACGUCUUCAAAAAACUUAAAUUGCCUUUUUUUCAAGCUCCUGAGACAUUGUGUCAUCCAAAUUAUCAGCAUGGACAAAAAUUUUACAAAUUCAGUACUAAAUGAGGAUGCUCUGGAUGCUGCUUAUGUUCAUUUCCCUUUGUGACACAAAUUCAAUGGAGGUGAAAAAAAAUGGUUCUGCAAACCUUUCCUUGUUACUCUGGACAACAUUGUUUAGCUCAGAUAGCUUAGGUGACCUGAAAUGCUUCACACACUCGGGGCAAAUAAGGCCUUGGCAUAGAAAGUGGGUGCUGCGGCACAGAUACGUGUGCCUCUCAGGGUAAUACGAUUAGCCUCCAAAAAAGCCAUUGCUACUCUAUUAAGAGCUUUGUGCAUGACCACAUCCAGUAUAUAAACACUGUGAAGAGAGUAACUCCAUGACAGAGACUGCACUUCUUUCUUUGCUCAGCCACUUUUGGCACACCUAAAUGCCAACCUAACCAAACGCAGUUACUUUUCAUUUGCUUUAUGAAGAUACAUUUUAAAAGCUUUUCUAGGCUUAUGUAGAAGCAUUGGGCUUUUUACUCUCUUUUAAAUGCUUUGUAUUGACAAGUGCUCUUAUCAAUGCAACAUAACAGCACUCAGAACUGUCUUUAAGAAUACUGAAAUACAGAACACAGACCUUGAAGAACAGUGAAUGAGUUACUCUACACAUUGUUGCAACAGUAGCACUAAAUAUAUGAAAAGCAGUGCAGCAGCAUUAUACAUUAAUGUUGAUGAUAACAUCUUGUGGGUAGAGACAGGAUGUUAGUGAGAUCUGCUAUGAUGUGUGGUUUGGAGAUGGUGGCACUGACAAAAAAAAAAAAACAGGAGGCAGAGCUGGAGGUGGCAAAAAUGAGUACAUCAGAGGGACAGCUCAGGUUGGGUGUUUUAGAGACAGAGGCAAGGCUGAGACUGUUUAGGCUUACAGAGGAGGGAGGUGGACACACAGGACAAAAGUGUUGGAUAUGGAGCUGCCAGAGAGGAGGAAAAGAGGAAAACCACAGAGAAGUUUCAUGGAUGUAGUGAAGGAGGAUAUGCAGAGGGUUGGUGUGACAGGAGGACGCAGGGACAGGUUAAGAUAGAGGCAGAUGAUCUGCUGUGGGGACCCCUAAAGGGAGCAGUUGAAAGAAGACGAAGAGCAAGAUGAUAAAAACACAGACUGAAGAUGUUUCUGGUCAAAGAUUUUUUUAUUAUUUCUUGAACUAAAUGUCUUGGGUGUAACAUAAAUUCUGUCUUUGACAGUAAACAUUUUAAGCUGUUAUGUGAAACCACAGUGAUGAUGCUUCAUAAUUAAAAACUAGACACUUUAGAAUGUUUUUCUUAGUUAUAAAUUUUCUCGAAGCUUGAUGAAAUUGGUCAACAUUUUUCAGAAAUGUAUAUGCAUCUCAUAUCUGUGCAUUAAAGUGGCACAACUUGAAGAUAUUCACUUAAUGUGUUUUAGUCACUAUCUAGCUUCUUUAUCCACUGACUCCAUUCAAAACAACAAUAACUUGUUUUUCUUAGCACAGAAUAUAAAAGCUUCUCACUUAUUUGGUGCGUAAACAACCUGAUUCAGAUAUUAUUAGUGGAUUAAAUUGUGUAAUCACUCCUAUAGAUAGUGGUUGCUUCCUGUACGUACUAAUAGACUGGAAAGUGCUUUGUCAUCCAAUCUGAUCACUGAUAGUAACCAUAAUUACUUGAGUUCUUAUGCUUUCUUUCUUAAAGCAGUCAUCCUCUUCAGAUGUUGUCAGCAGGUUAAACAAGCAUCAUCAGAAUCACUAUAAUAAAAUGAAUCUACUGCCAAAGUUACACUGCCCUACCACCCCCUCCUCAAUUCUUUUCACAAAUUAAGAAGAAUUUAAUGCAUUUUCUAUAAUAACAGGAAAUCGAGACUUUGUCUUUUUUUGUUCCUUGUGAUUGUGGAGGCUUAAAAUGCCGAGAUUUUUAGUUGUACUGCUGGACUGCUGUUAUGGAAGUCUGAAAUAAAUCGAUCUG